CGCGCGACUCGCGACCCUGUUUCCUCAAGAGCCGCGACGGCGCGACCCCGGCCCGGACUCCCUAACCCUAGUCGGCGGCGUCGACCGACUGCGGGGAGCGUGCCGCGGGCGGCAAGCUGCACGGAAGCAGGGUCCACGGCCUCCGCGCUUAGGAAGCACGGGCGGCGGCGCGGUGGCCGGCGGCCGGGCGCGUCGCGCGGCCAGUCCAGGACUCCAGCUACGGUGACCAGGUCGUCACUCGGCAGGUCCGCAGCGGUUCUGGCAUUCUGCGGCUGCAGGUGCCAGCAUGCUCGAUUAUUCUUAUUUCACCCAUCAGUUCAAACUCAGCUAUUCGGAGACGGAGAACGUCGCCGUCGGGCACAAAGUCUGCUCUGAGGACAUCUUGGCUGGGGGGCACCUCUGGAGGAUCGAAUGCUACCCCCGUGGAAGAAGGGAAGAGGACAACGGCAAGUGGUUAUCUAUCUUGCUACGCCAUGUGAGCGAGUUCAGAGACGCCAAAGCCAUCUUCGAGGCCUUGGUGAUGGACAAAGACGGGGCUCUAUCUUCAUCCCAUAGAUACAGGUGCGUGCGUGAUUAUGGACCACACCGCGGUGCUGCUGAAUCCUGGGGAUGGAAACAUUUCGUUCAGCGAAGGCUCCUCAAGUCACUCUACAUGACCAAUAGUGGCUCAUUCACCAUUGCGUGCGGGAUCAAGGUUAUACAGAAGGACCCGUUGGACGUGCCGCCCUCUGACAUUGGGAGCCAUCUCGGGCGCCUGCUGCUGGACUGCACAGAUGGCGGCUCCGAUGUUUCAUUCGUCGUUGAUGGCGAGAAGUUCCCUGCUCACCGGGCUGUGCUUGCCGCCCGCUCGCCGGUCUUCAAGGCACAACUCCUAGGCUCCAUGGCCGACGCCAACAUGCCAUCCAUCACGUUGCAUGACAUCACACCAGCGACAUUCAAAGUUAUGCUCUGUUUCAUGUACACCGAUGCUUGUCCUGCGGAUGCCGAGCUUGGGGACUCCCCGUACGAGAUGUUGCAGCACUUGCUCAUUGCAGCGGACCGGUUCGCGUUGGAUCGACUGAAGCUUUUGUGUGCAAGCAAGCUCUGGGAUAAUGUAUCAGUGGACACAGUUGCCACUACAUUGAUGUGUGCCGAAAUAUACAACUGCCCAGAGCUGAAAAAGAAAUGCAUUGGUUUCUUCGGGGAGGGGAAGGACUUCAAGACAAAGGCUUUGUUGACAGAUGGUUUUGUUCAGCUGGCGCAGCAAUUCCCAUCGAUUCUUGAUGAGCUGAGGGAUAAGGUUGGAGCAUAGAGGCCGAAUGGACAAGUCCACAACGGCAUGCGGCCGCAUGCCUUAUCUCGCGCCAUCAAACGUGCUCUAAGAUUCGUGCGUUGGUCAACUGGAUUUCCCAUCCCUCUCAUUCCCUCUCCUUUCCCAUAUACGCAGGAAUCCCCUUCUUUGUACCUGCUCUUCUAUUAUUGAAUCCCUUCUCUGUACCUAUCUCUCAAUAAGGGCUUCUCUCUCUAUUUUAGCAUAUCUUUUCAUCGGUUCCUACCUUUUAUUCUACACAGUUUUUCCUUCUCACCUUUUUUGACAGUUUUUUCAACCGUGUUAAUUCAUCUUGUUAAUUAGUACUUAAAUACAGCUCAUAUUUCUUCCAA